UUACGAACAGUUGCAUUUCUUGCCGUGUUCACAAAAAGUAAUUUGGUACCGGCUUUUUAUUAUUGUUUACUUUUGUAAUGUCUUUUGAUGCUAUACCUAAAGAUUUGCGUGGGCUACGCGCCUGCCUGGUGUGCUCCCUUGUAAAGACUUUCGAUCAAUUUGAGACUGAUGGCUGCGAAAAUUGCGAAGAGUUUCUGCGUAUGAAGAAUAACAAGGAUAAUGUUUACGAUCACACAAGCAACAAUUUUGAUGGCAUUAUUGCUCUGACAACACCCACAGAUUCGUGGGUAGCAAAAUGGCAACGUCUUUCACGCUUCACGCGUGGCAUCUAUGCCAUCUCCGUAUCGGGCACCUUGCCACAAUCGACCAUCCGCGAAAUGAAGAACCGAGGAAUUGCAUACAAGACAAGAGAUAGAAGUCAGCGCUAACAAGGGAAUAUUGCGUUUGGUGUAUAAAAAUGUAGUUUAUUUUAAGCAAUAACAAAACCACGAAAAUACAACUAGAAUAAAAUACAGUUUUAAGUGAA